AUGCUCCAGAAGCUCGAAACCCACAAGACCUUCCUUCUCCCACGCUGCAACAUCCAAUUCGUCUUCAGACUGGCGAGGGACGCCAUCGACGCCCACCUCGCAAUGUCAACCAAGCCCACAGUCAACGACACCCAGAAGGAGAACUGCGCCAUCUGCCUGGAAGACACCGAUCCCAGCCAUAUCUUCCAGGUAGAGGGCUGCCGCCACCGUUUCUGCUUCUCCUGCAUGAGGCAACACGUGCAGGUGAAGCUCCUCCAUGGAGCCCUCCCCGGGUGCCCCUCCGAUGGCUGCAAGACCAUGUUGACUGCGGAUAGCUCAAGGAGCUUCCUCACCCAGAAGCUUGCAGAGACCAUGGCCCAGCGCAUAGCAGAGGCCUCCAUCCCCCCCACAGAGAAGAUCUACUGCCCAUAUCCGAGGUGCUCUGCUCUCAUGACGAGGAACGAGGCGGCUCGGCCCGAUCGCUGUUCAUCUUCUAACGGCAGCAGAGCCGCCGAUAAGCCGGGGCUCAGGAAGUGCCUCAGCUGCGGCGGGCUCUUCUGCAUGGUCCCCUGGCACUUUGGGAUCUCCUGCGGCGAGUACAAAUGGCGUCAUCGUCAUCCCCGCCCGGAGGAUGAAAAGCUCCAGUACCUCGCGAGGAGGAGCAUGUGGCGGCGGUGCAUCAAGUGCAGUCACAUGAUCGAGCUGGCUUCGGGUUGCUUCCACGUCGCCUGCAGGUGCGUUGACCCUGUGAAAAUAUCUCUAUUCAGCAAAGCUUCAAGUUGAGCCGGUGAAAAUAAAUAAAUAAAUAUAUAUAGAUAUAUAUUGCAUGGAAAAUUUCCUAGUGCAGUUGACCUCGUGAAAAUGUCUCUAUAAAGAAAAAGUUCAAGCUGACUCACUGAAAAUAUCUGGAUUCGGCAAAGUUGACCCUGUGAAAGUUUCUCUUUUCAGCAAAGCUUCCAGUUGAAUCAGUGAAAAAAUAUAUAUAUGCACUGUUGACCCCGUGAAAAUGUCUAUAUACAGAAAAGUUCAAGCUGACCCCCUGAAAAUACUUAUAUUCGGCAAAACUUCAUAGCACAGUUGACCUCUGGAAAACUUCACCAUACAGUUGACCUGACGAAAGCAUCUCUCAACAGCACGACUUUUUCAGCUCAGAACCCUGGGCAUCAGUCAAUGUCAAACCUUCAUUCUGCAGUUGACCCUGUAAGCAGCCUCUUCACAGGUGCGGGUACGAGUUCUGCUACAAGUGCGGCGGAGCCGAGUGGAAGAACAAGAAAGCGACCUGCUCGUGCCCGCUGUGGAUGGUGCGUAACAUUGUCCAAGACGAUCAAGACGACGACGAAUCUGACGAUGAUCGGUUACCCCGAAUCUACAACCCCCGCAAUCGGAAUCUCAGAAUUUUCUAG